GUUCGAUUUCUUCUUUGAGUGCGCUUACUAAACGGCCUCGCUCGUCGGGGUGGUUAUCAUGGACCAUGGGGGUGGAUUUUUCACCCUCUUAGGAAACAGCGAGACACCUCCCGUCGUGAUUGUUUCACAACGCGCGGGGGUCUGGCCUCCGCCGCCACGCGACGCUCCUGUGGGCCCACAUGCGGCGCCUGCACGAGCGCAUGGCGCCGCUCGUGCAGGCCGAGCUCACCGCGCUGCUGCGGCAGGCCCCCCGGCUGGGCCGCGCCAUGGCCUCCGUGGCCGCGCGGGGCGAGGGCGACCGGGCCGAGCGGCUUGAGGCCCUGCGCGGAAUCCUGUGCUUCCGGCGCUGCCUGGUCCAGGCCCUGGAGCCGGGCGACUCGCCGCUGCUGCAGGUGCCGCACGUCGACAAGAGCAGGCUGCCGCGCGGGCCGGCGCCGUCGCUGCACGAGCUGGUCGCCCCCGGCGGUGCGGCCGCCCUCGUGAAGCAGCUGGGGCUCACGCCGGAGCAGGGCCUGGACGUGCAGGCCUUCUGCCACCACGCCCCGCGCAUCGAGCUCACGUGCACGGUGGAGGUGGAGGACGAAAAUGACAUCGCGGAGGGGGACCUGGCGACGCUCACGGUGCGCCUCCUGCGCGCCAAUCUCGCGGAGGGGGAGGCCAUCGGGCCCGUGCACGCCCCUCUCUUCCCGAUGCCUAAGUUCGAGGAGUGGUGGCUGCUCGUCUACGACGAGGGCUCCAAGUCCCUCGUAACGGCCGACGUGGUGCUGGGCAACGGCAGAGAGGAGGUCAGCAAGGUGCGCUUCAUGGUCCCCCGUGCCGGGGACUUCCGCUGGCGCGUGUUCGCUCUCUGCGACUCCUACCUCGGGCUGGACGUCGACCGCGAGGUCCAUUUCACCGCGCUCAAGAGGAGCGAGGUGAGCCACGAGAUCUUUGUCCACCCGGCGGACAGGAACAUCCGGAGCCUCUUCGAGGAGAUCAUGCAGGGGUUGCAGCCACCGGAGGUCGCCUCGUCGCGUGAUUUGCGACUCUGCACCAAACCUUCGGGUCGGUUUUUCCCCGCAUGCUCCGUGGGGUUCUGGUUUUCUUCCUGCCGCGUCGCACCCGCGUCUCCCAGAACACACCUCCCUCCCUCCUCCUCUUCCUUCCUCCCCUCACCCACGCGCAACACAUGCACGGCACGUACAUGA